GGCCAUAUUUAUUUUUAAGACGUUCGUGUUUUGUCAAUUCUUGUUUACAAAUUUUGCCUCUCUCUUCUUGUCGAACGUGAGGCCAACUGCAGACUUUGCUGUCUCUUAUCGUUGAGGAAAGCAUUUAUAGAAUACAUACCAGUCGUAAUUUCUGCAAAGGUCAAUUUUCCUGAUCAAAAAUGACUACUGCUGCUCGCCCCACAUUCGAGCCCGCCCGCGGUGGCACGGGACGCGGGGAAAAAGACCUGAGUGCCAUGUCCAAACAGUACUCGGCCAGAGAUUUAGCGUCGCACACCAAAUUGAAAUACAGAGAACACGGACAAGGUACCUCAGACGAGAUCCGCGGCCGCGACUUCCGCAAAGAACUCGAGGAAAGAGAGAAGGCUGUUGUCCGUGAAAAGAGAACUCGAGACCACGCACCAGAAGUGCAACCUUCAGCGCCGAUGGCGAUUGCGGCGGGCGGCUCGACAAGCAGCAAAAGAGCAAGAACGGAUCAAAUGUCGACUGCCAACCUCGACGCCGAUGACCCAAUCGACGAGGACGAUUCGGACGCCAGCGACUCUGACGACGACGACACUGCACAGCUGAUGGCCGAGUUGAACCGGAUUAAAAAGGAGAGGGCGACCGAAAACGCGAGAAAGGAGGCCGAGAAGCGGAUGGAGGAGGAACGGAUUCGAAUGGAAAACAUACUCAGCGGCAAUCCCUUGCUAAACUAUUCAGGACAGGCGCCGAAAGGAGAUCUCAAGGUGAAAAGGAGGUGGGACGACGAUGUGGUGUUCAAGAACUGCGCUCGCUCCGAGCCGAAUAAAAACGAGCCUCAGUUCAUCAAUGAUUCCCUUCGCUCAGAUUUCCACCGCAAAUUCAUGGAGAAGUACAUCAAAUAAAGGACUUUUUGUGGUUUAAAUUUAAGAACUUAAUUGUAAAGAAAUAAAAACAUAGGAAUAAUGUGAUUGCUAACAAA